CUAAUGGCCAUAAGGGGGCACAGGGUACAUGUCAUACAAGUGAUGUCCAUUAGGGGGCACAGGGUACAUGUCAUACAAGCGAUGGCCAUAAGGGGGCACAGGGUACAUGUCAUACAAGCGAUGGCCAUAAGGGGGCACAGGGUACAUGUCAUACAAGCGAUGGCCAUAAGGGGGCACAGGGUACAUGUCAUACAAGCGAUGGCCAUUAGGGGGCAGGGUACGUCAUACAAGCGAUGGCCAUUAGGGGGCACAGGGUACAUGUCAUACAGGCGAUGGUCAUUAGGGGGCACAGGGUACAUGUCAUACAGGUGAUGGCCAUUAGGGGGCACAGGCAACAGGUCAUACAAGUGAUGGCCAU